GCGGUGAGCGGCAGAGACCGCGGCGAAGCUGCCGGGGGGACGGACCGGGAGUGAGCCCCAGGCCUCCGGCCUCCUCCAGCGGCGGCGGCUCCUCACUGCUGUCCGCUGCCCGGGGCUCGGCCCCGCACCUUCCUCCGAGCCCUGGCCCCGGGAAUGGAAACGCCUUUCUACCAUGAGGACAGCCUGAGCUCCGCCCGCGCCAUGAAAAAGACCCUGAGCCUGCCCGUCGCCGGUAGCGGCGUGAAGAGCCAGCGAGAGGCCGAGGCCGCGGCGGCGGCGGCCGCGCUACACUCCCCGGACCUCAGCUUCCUGAAGCUCGCCUCUCCCGACCUGGAGCGCCUCAUCAUCCAAUCGAGCGGCCUGGUGACCACCAGCCCCGGCCCGGCUCCCGGGCUCUACUCGCGGCCGGUGACGGACGAACAGAACUCGUUCGCGGAAGGUUUUGUAAAAGCGCUGGAGGACCUUCACAAACAGAACCAGCUGAGUGGGCCUCAGGCCCCGGGCUCGGCUGACGGCGCAGGCCCGGCCUCACAGCCCCCUGGCCAGGCCGGAGCUGGCCUGCAGCACACGGAGCCGCCGGUCUACACCAACCUGAGCACGUACAGCGGGCCGGCCCCUGAGGCGCCGGUGCUGGGGCACAGCCCCGAGGCCCCCGGCCCCGCCUCGUACCCGGCCCUCGGGCAGCCGCUGUGCCCCCAGGCCCGGCUGCAGGCCCCCAAGGACGAGCCGCAGACCGUGCCCGAUGUGUCGGGCCUCGGGGACAGCCCGCCGCUCUCCCCCAUCGACAUGGACACCCAGGAGCGCAUCAAGGCGGAGAGGAAGCGCCUGCGGAACCGCAUCGCCGCCUCCAAGUGCCGCCGGCGGAAGCUGGAGCGUAUCUCCCGGCUGGAGGACAAGGUGAAGAGCCUCAAGUGUCAGAACUCGGAGCUCGCGUCUACCGCCAGCCUCCUGCGGGAACAGGUGGCUCAGCUCAAACAGAAGGUGCUCACCCACGUCAACAGCGGCUGCCAGCUGCUGCUCUCCCCCCAGGUACAGGCUUAUUAGACCCGGGGCCUGGGGCCUGUGGCCCUGGUGAGGGCACGACCCAGUGCAACCCCCCCCCCCCCGGGGUCCUGGUGUGGGGCAUUACCCAGUGCAACGCCCUCCUCCUCCCCCUGGGGUCCCAGUGCGAGAUGUGGACCUGGGGCCCCAGUGCAGGAAGUGGCACACUCCUGGAGCUCCAGUAUGCAGGACACUACCAAGUGCAUCAUUUGGCAGAUAUUUCUGGUUUCUCUCUGCUCAUGUUUCGGACAUCAUGCCAAUUCACAAACUCAGCUGGUUCUCUUAGGGCCUGGGAAAUGUCCAGAAAUGAUUUGGAGACUGCAACUUGACUUCAGUUGACCAACAACCAAAUGGCUCCCAGAGUUGGGCAAACGUUUGCUGCAUGUCUGGGUCUGUGUUGACGUGUGGUUUGUGUUUCUGCUGUUCAUGGGAAACUGAUGCAUGGGACUGAGAUGUGACCUUGACACCACCAACAGACUGUCAACUGCUCAUUUUGUGCAGUGUUUGUGUUUUCAAUUCUGGUGCGAACUUUUUAAAUAAUUGUAAAUAAGUGUCAAUCUGUUACAAUGAUAGUGUUGGAAUGUGUUUUUACCAUUUGAAAGAUGCUCUAUUUAUAUACAUUAAUGGGAACAGUCUGUCUCGACUCUGGUUGCUAUACAUUCCAAUGUAUUGCCACAAUGUGAGAUAUCAAUAAAAGUAUUUUAUGUCAAA